UUCCAAAUUUCGAAACUUGAUGCUAAUCAAUUCCUGGAUAUUCACUUCCGCGAAAACCAUGGCAUUGCCAUUGUAAAGUUUUGAAAACAAUUUGAAAACAAUUUGAAAUGCUUCUAGAUUCUUUCAAGCUUAUUAUAACAACAAUGUUAUGAGGUGAUUGUAUUGUGACAUGUAUAUAACAGCUAUCUGAGCUGGUUCAUUUACAAAAGCUACUAAAAAUGGACGCUAAGCCUUAUACCGUAUAUAUUUAUGGUGGAGAAGCAGAGCUCAUAAGUAUGUGGACUUUGCGAUACACGAACAUUGAGACAGGAGGCGAUAUCUUUGGAUUGUGGAUGAACGAAAAUGAACUAGUCAUUCAAGCAGUGCUUGGACCAGGUCAGAAUUGUCGUCGCACGCCGACUUCAUUCUUUCAGGACGAAGAAUAUUUAAGUAAAGCUGGUGAGGUGCUGACUAUUAACCAAGGUCUGUGUAAUAUCGGCUCCUGGCAUUCUCAUCAUAGUAUGAAUCUACCCGAACCAAGCUGUGGCGAUAGAGACACGAUCUGGAGACAUUUGCCUAACCCAGGGAGAUUUCUAUUGCUGAUUGCGAUGAUCGAGUGGAGGAAUGAUGGACCUAGGGUCUCGAUGGCUUUCAAUUUAUUUGAGGCGACCAGCCAAGGAGAAAAAGUAACACGAAUGAAGUUGGAAAUUCUUGAAGGGGAAAGCCCGAUUCGCGCGAAUGCUGCAGUGAGCAAUCAGAUAUCUCAAGGUGCUGAAGUUCCUUCCAAAAAGACCUCUUCAAGAAAGAGAGAAUCGCAAGCGGGGAAGACUAAAGAGGCUGGAGAAAGAGUGAGAGCAAGACAAGAACAGACAAAUCUGGAACAUCGUCACUCGCGUGGUGGUCGACACGAACCCCAGGGAUCAGGACAUGAGAAUUUAAAAUGUGAUGGUUUAGUAGCUUUAUACUUUACUCACUGCAAACCGCAUUAUCAUGAUUACACGGCGGCGAGAAAUAAGAGAAGGCAGGUUCCUCCUCGUAUGGUCCAUGGCUAUAGGAUCAGAUACGUGCGUAUUAGCCAUGAUACAGAGAUUGUAGAGUUGUAUCAUUUUGAUCACCCAGUUGGUCAAUGUGGAGAAUGCUUGGACGUUGCAUUGGAAAGAAAAAACGGCAGUGUUUAUGCUGUACACCGGAGCAAUAUAAAUGAUUGUGAUUGCUGUUGCACUAUUCUAUAAACGCAAUGACAUUGAAUCACUUUAUAUCAUCAUUCCCAGUCUCGCACAAAUAUACUACACCAUUUCACCCAUAUAACACUGGUUAUUCACAUGUAUGCAUUGUUCAUCGUAACGCUUUUGACGAGUUUUGUUUUAAAUGUACAAUUGUAUACUUCUAAAAUUCUCUGUUUGUGUAAACUCUUGAUGAAGGUAUUUAUUUUAGAACUGUUAAGUGUUACUAAACAGUAGUUUGUUAAAUAAUAAAUUUUU